CUCUCUCUCUCUCUCUCUCAUCAUAACAAGCACACUACUAACUUCACCUUCUUCAGUUUCUCCUUUCGCCUUCACCAGCUUAAUUUCAUGUAAUGCUGCAGACUUUGCUCAAACACCUAAAUGGGAAAGAAAAGUGGUACCUCAUGGUUGACUGUAGUCAAAAGGGCAUUUAGGUCUCCAACUAAAGAUAACGAUCAGCAAAAGAUCAGCAGAAGAAGAGAUGAGCAUGAACCAGAAGAGGAAGAAAAGAAGAGAGAAAAGAGAAGAUGGCUUUUCCGAAAGCCAACUAUUCAUGUUCAACAAUCUGAAGCAAAGACAGUGACUAUAAAUGCAACAACCACACCUGUGAAUCCUGUUUUGGUUGCUGAGCAAAGGCGUGCAAUUGCUGUGGCCGCAGCCACGGCCGAAGCAGCUGUUGCUACUGCCCAAGCGGCAGUAGAAGUUGUUCGGCUUACUAGGCCGAACAAUUUUGCUAAAGAACAGUAUGCUGCCACCCUUAUUCAAACAGCUUUCAGAGGUUACUUAGCAAGGAGAGCUCUACGUGCACUGAAGGGGCUGGUAAAGCUUCAAGCUUUAGUAAGAGGUCAUAAUGUAAGGAAGCAUGCAAAGCUGACACUGAAAUGCAUGCAAGCUCUGCUUCGUGUACAAGAUCAGGUUCGCAAUGAAAGAUCAAGGCUUUCACAUGAUGGGGGCAGAAAGUCCAUGUAUGCCGAAACAGACUUUCCCUUGUGGGAAUCGAGAUAUCUUCAUGACAUUCGUGACAGAAAGUCAAUGUCAAGAGAGAAAAGUCGUGGUGGGGAUGAUUGGGAUGAAGGGGUGGAAGCCAUGUUGCAGAGUAGAAGGGAAGCUGCUUUAAAACGUGAAAAGGCUCUUGCUUAUGCUUUCUCUCACCAGAUAUGGAAGCCUCGGAGGAACCCAUCUGCAGGGGAAGCAGAGCUAGAAGAGAGAACAAAAUGGCUUGACAGAUGGAUGGCCACAAAGCAAUUUGAGCACAGCAGCAGGGCUUCAAUUGACAAAAGGGACACCAUAAAAACAGUUGAAAUUGACACAAAUUCUAGGCCUUACUCUUACUCUUACUCUGCCCCAAAUGUUCGAAUUUCCACAUCACAUUCACAACUUCAAAAACCGCCAUCCCCAUAUCCAAUUGCUUCACCUUCACCCCUGCACAAAUCACACUACAUUAAUCAUCUCUCAACUGCCACACCCUCUCCUUCAAAACCCAAAUAUCUGAAAGUCCGAUCAGCAAGCCCAAGAUGCCUGAAGGAGGAAAAGUAUUGCUGCUCAUCAGCAGCACACACACCAAACUUAGGCUCUAAUUCUUAUUGUUUCAGGGGUUCAAUGUGUCGUUCUGCGAUACCAAAUUACAUGGCUGCCACUGAAUCUGCAAAGGCAAAGGCUCGAUCUCUUAGUGCACCCAGAACAAGACCCUCGACACCCGAGAGAGAAAGAGGUGGUGGUUCAGCCAAGAAGAGACUUUCAUAUCCAGUCCCAGCUGAGGCACUGCAACAUAACUCUGUUGGCAUUGGUUGUAGUAGUUUCAGCCAUAACUUGAGAAGUCCCAGCUACAAGAGUGUACAAAAUAAUGGCUACUAUGGAAGGGAGAAUCUGUCUUCAUAUACUGAUAGCCUAGGGGGAGAGAUUUCCCCUUGUUCAACCACUGAUCUAAGGUGGUUGAAAUGAGGCAAAUUUUUAUGAAAAUGAACCUAGUUCUCAUUUAUU